CGCUCUGCCCCUCCUGGGCGGUGUGGGCCGGGCAGCCAUUUUGGGAAGAGCUUUGUUAUGGUUGUGGGCUCUCCGCCUCUGUGGGAUCAGGAAGCUGGGGGCGCGCCCUCAGACGCCGCGUCUGGUCCCUAGCUGUAGCCCGGCCGCUGCCCGUGUUAUAUUCCUGUGGCCUUUAUACUGAUUGAGUAAUGAUGAAAAUGUAUCCAAAAUAAUAAGUGACUUCUCUACUAAAGCAGAAGAUUCUUCGUAUCACCUUCCAGUAACUCAACUCAGUCUUCAGGAAGAGACAUAACAAGUGAAAUUCAGAAAACCGAAGAGAAGAAAACCUCACUUUGGAACUGUCUUUUCUCCUUGAUUAUUCCUUAACCCAUCUUUCUACUUGUUAUAAUUUUUGCGGUGAAUUUAUAAAUAGUGAAGACCAAAGAAAUAGAAGAUACAUUUGGGAGCUUUAUACCAAGAAAUUCGCCUUGAAAGCUGCUAUUCUUUGGAGGGAAAAAAACUAGAUAGUUUAAGAUGAGCAAUUGAAGGGACUGAAAGAGUGAUCCACACAGAGCCUGGCUUCUUUGUGCUUCAUCACAAGGCGUGCUGCUGGCCAGCCUUUAUUAAGCAGCCUUUUAACAAGAGAACCUCGUGGGAAAUCCAGCUGGCAGACUCAAGAAGUUCAGGAAACAGGACCACAGAGGUUACACUCUGGGAUCCUGGCCAUGAGGUUGGAUGCCUCAUCUUGAUGAAAAGAGACACUGGACCUAAAUGGCGCAGCAUGACUUUGUUCCUGCUUGGCUAAAUUUCUCAACGCCACAGUCAGUUAAGUCACCUACAGCAACCUUUGAAAAACACGGAGAGCACCUACCCCGAGGAGAUGGUAGAUUUGGAGUAAGCCGUCGUCGACAUAAUUCCUCUGAUGGCUUUUUUAACAAUGGACCUCUACGAACUACAGGAGAUUCCUGGCACCAGCCCUCCCUGUUCCGCCAUGAUUCUGUGGACUCUGGUGUCUCUAAGGGAGCAUAUGCUGGAAUCACAGGGAACCUAUCUGGUUGGCAUGGCUCUUCCCGAGGUCAUGAUGGCAUGAGCCAGCGUAGUGGGGGUGGCACAGGGAACCAUCGCCACUGGAAUGGCAGCUUUCACUCCCGGAAAGGCUGCGUCUUUCAGGAAAAGCCACCUACAGAGAUUAGGGAAGAAAAGAAAGAAGACAAGUUGGAAAAGUUGCAGUUUGAAGAGGAAGACUUUCCUUCUUUGAAUCCAGAAGCUGGCAAACAGAAUCAGCCAUGCAGACCUAUUGGGACCCCUUCUGGAGUGUGGGAAAACCCACCUGGUGCCAAGCAACCCUCCAAAAUGCUAGUCAUCAAAAAAGUUUCCAAAGAAGAUCCUGCUGCCUUCUCUGCUGCAUUCACCUCACCAGGAUCUCACCAUGCAAAUGGGAACAAAUCGUCAAACAUGGUUCCAAGUGUCUAUAAGAACCUGGUUCCUAAGCCUGCACCACCUCCUUCCAAGCCCAGUGUAUGGAAAGCUAACAGAAUGGAACACAAAUCAGGAUCCCUUUCCUCUAGCCGGGAGUCUGCUUUUACCAGUCCAAUCUCUGUUACCAAACCAGUAGCACUGGCUGGUGGCGCAGUUUUAAGCUCUCCCAAAGAGAGUCCCUCUAGCACCACUCCUCCAAUUGAGAUCAGCUCCUCUCGUCUGACCAAGUUGACCCGCCGAACUGCCGACCGGAAGAGUGAGUUUCUGAAGACUCUGAAGGAUGACCGGAAUGGAGACUUCUCGGAAAACAGAGACUGUGACAAGCUGGAGGACUUGGAAGACAACAGCACACCUGAACCAAAGGAAAAUGGAGAGGAAGGCUGUCAUCAGAAUGGUCUUCCCCUCCCUAUAGAGGAGGAAGGGGGGGUGCUCUCACACUCUCUGGAAGCAGAGCACAGGUUAUUAAAAGCAAUGGGAUGGCAGGAGUAUCCUGAAAAUGAUGAGAAUUGCCUUCCCCUCACAGGAGAGCUCAGAGAGUUCCAUAUGAAGACAGAGCAGCUGAGAAGAAACGGCUUUGGGAAGAAUGGCUUCUUGCAGAGCCGCAGUUCCAGCCUGUUCUCCCCUUGGAGAAGCACUUGUAAAGCAGAGUUUGAGGACUCAGACACAGAAACCAGUAGCAGUGAGACAUCCGAUGAUGAUGCCUGGAAGUAGUCCUAUAAGUGGUCACGGCUAAAUCUGACCCGUAAACUCAGCUCGUGGGCUUCGGAAGUGUACAAAAGAAAUCGCUCUUUUCCUUUUCUUAUGUUGAAUAUUUCGUGCACAAGGGAAAUAAUCAUACCCCAAAGAGAGAGCGAUUGGCUUGUUUAGCUUUUGUUGUUGUUCUUCCCUGUUACCUGCUUCACACAGAAAUUUGUGUGGUGGGAAAGAUUCUUAAAAUACAUACAUACAGUAUAUAUGGGGCGAUGCACAGGUGGAAGCUGGCAGUGCAGAGAGGAGGAGACACUGGUCUGUGGCAGCAGCUUCCACCAGCCCUUGGGGCACUCACCCCUGUGCUCAAGCAAUCAUUGUCAAUGACAAAGUGACUAUUGAAGUUAUAAUUGUAUUAAAUUAAUGCUAAUAAUUUGGUAUUUUAUUUUAUUUUUGGCUGCUCGGGUAACGUUAGCCCUUAACCAAGCAUAUGUGGGUUUCUUGUUUCUUUUUUCCUUUUUGGGUACAACUGUAAAAUAUUUGGAUAUAGGAAAUGUUGUGUUAUUCUUGCAGCCUUGAUAUUCAGGGUGGAUUGUAAAAUAUAAAUUUUUGUGAGAUUUCAAAGAUUAAGAUUAUUUUGAUAACAUUAUUUACAGAUUUAAAAGAUGUGGUUAUCAGAAGUCUUAAGGGGGAAACUACUGCAUAAAAUAACUAACUUGGAAUAAAUAUUUUGCAUCAGUUUUGA